AUCUUUAAGAUAUUAAUGAGAUAGGAACGGUUUACUUGAUUGUAUUUAUUAUUUCCCCAGCAAUUCAUUGAAUAUCUGAAACUGAAACUACAAAUAAAAAAUGUUAGUAUCUUAUAUAACGUAUUACAAAAUCUUCUUUUUUUCUUUCCGAUACGGAAGCUGUUAAAUCUGUACUUUGGCUGAUUAUAACAGGCAUUUAAUCUAGUGUCAUCAGUGUGCGUGCGUUUUGUGCUUACAAAGAAACAGGCGACAAAGAGGCACAAAUUAUAGCAGCCAGGUUUGCCUCUAUGGGUUGUGACGGAGAAUAACGAAGGACCUCUGAACGUUAACGUGAUGAGGAAAACAUACGGUGGACUGUGGAUAAAGCGUGAUACAAUCGAACUACAGAGAGUAAAUUCUUCACAAGAUCAGUGGGAUGAGUCAUGGAAAUCAGUUCAUGGAUCACCUUUAGAUACAGAUGAUGUUACAGCUGUCAAGGGAACGUUGAUACCCGGCCUGGUCUUCUUGUUCGUCAGUCUGUUUUCCUCGUUCAGCGUCUGUUGCUGCUCUAACAAAAAUCAUGCACAUCUUCGAACGAAAAUCACCUGUGGGACAAUAUUUUCAACAUUUAUAUCAGUUGUUUUAAUCACCACUGGGCCUAUCCUUUACGCUACGAAAAUUAUAAAAGGCUAUGAUUUUGACAAGAAACAAUUAGAUGUUGGAUUUUGGUUCGCUGUGGUAUCAGCAAUAUCAGCGGGCCUGGCUUGCUGUCUUACUGUAGCAUCCUACAUCAGCUACCGUCGAAAGAAAGAAAAACGCAGCUCUAGCACGGCAACGAGAAGGCAAACAGACAAUGGUCUUGAAAAGUUUUAAAAAAAAGAGAAAUUUAGGAUGAAAAAUCAUUCACCCGUCUUUUGGCAAAGGCUAUGCGUCACAUGCGAGUAUUCGUAAUCCGCCAAAACUCUUCAAACUCUUGACAGGGAAGGUACCUGAAAAAAAAUAAUGAAAUUAUAUUAUCAUUGGAUAAUUUUGAAGAUUCUUCUAACUCUAUAAGUCUAAUCUUCACCUAUGGACCAACGUUUAUCAUCAUGUACAGCGCAGAAUGAGUUUGCCUUUCAUCUAGAGAUGGAGUGACCAGCUGUACUUUGACCAAAAGUUUUUAUCCAGCAAAGAGAAAUAUUGAACAUGAAUGAAAGAUUACUGAAAAAGAUAUAUUGUUUUAACAUAAGGAUAUUUCAUACUGAAUUUAUCAAACGAGUUGAAUAAAAUAAUAAUAUGCUUUACCGUGAUGUAGAAAGAUACAAAGGGGCCUCCGUGGCCGAGUGGUUAAGGUCGCUGACUUCAAAUCACUUGCCCCUCAUCGAUGAGGGUUCAAGCCUCACUCGGGGCGUUGAAUUCUUCAUGUGAGGAAGCCAUCCAGCUGGCUUACGGAAGGUCGGUGGUUCUACCCAGGUGCCCGCUCGUGAUGAAAUAAUGCACGGAGGGGCACCUGGGGUCUUCCUCCACCAUUAAAGCUGGAAAGUCGCCAUAUGACCGAUCAUGUGUCGGUGCGAAGUUAAAUCCAAAAAAAAAAAAGAUACAAAUGCACUAUUCUUUUUAUUACAUGUUAGUUCUACCUGCUGAAACAUCAAAAAUUGCUUCUUUCCAUCUUAUUAUAGACUAACCGGUUCAACAAUCGUCUCCUAUACUUAGUACGACAUCAACGUCAGAGUGUUAUUACAUUAGUUUAUUCCAUGAAUACCUAUAAAUAGUGAGACAUUUUUGCUGGAACUUCUAUCUCCUGUUAUCGUAUUGUUUGACGCGUUAUCACAUUAACAUAACUUCAACCGCGACCAUUAUCGAUAAUAACCCAGACGUUAGCGCGGUUUACGUUCGUAUGAAAUGACGUAAUAACGGUUCAAAGAGGAAAGACAGCCAAUUAUUCAGUUUUAGCUUUUGUUAUAUAUACUUUAAUCAGUUCUGUUAAAGUACGGCUUGUAUGUCACAUGUAAAUAUAAAUAGGCAGAAAACAAAUUCCGUGUUAUGCUGUGUUGAAAUCAAAGCCCAUAUUAUGCGUGUGUCCAAACUUCUUUCAUUAAUAUUCGUGACUCAUGAAGAAAAACUUUUUUUAAGGUGAAAAACGAGCCAUAUAGGUUUCCCGUUCUUACAUAAAAUAGUAACUAUUUUCCUAUUAUUUUUAACAGUUUAUUUUGCUUGUAGAUCAAUAAAUCUCAUAUAUAAAAGAAGCGCUGUAAUCUAGCGUGCGUGAACAAAAAUGACGUUAUGACGUUCCAAAGACGAACUUAAUGAAAGAGUUCCGAUUUAAAAUGUAACUCGUUACGUUACGGUACGGUUUGUUUUUGUAAAAUACUUUUUUGAAUAUGGAGGUUUAUAAUAAAAGGGCCUAAGCUCUAUUUCCCUCUAACGACACGACGUCGAUCACGUGGUACACACAUGUAUGCAUCAUGACUUAGUUUUCGUUGUUCAAUCUUCGGCAAUAUUUUCGAAUCGUUACAAAUGUUAAUUUGUGACUUUAUACGGAUACUUUAAAAUGAUAUUAAUAACACUAAUUAAUGUGAAUCUUAAAGGAAAAGAAAAGAUGAUUUCACUUAUUAUUUGAAGCAUGUGAACAAGUGACUUUAAACAUGGACUUAAAUACAUUUGAAAAUCUUGCGCUUCCAUCUAAACUAGAUUCUCAAUAGUUCUUGUUCGUUAAUUCAAAUUGCAGCUUUUCUGAAGCGAAAAUGAAACAAAUGUAGACAAAAGUGUAUGGUUACCAGUCCAAAACCUAAUAAAGCGGAAGUAGAACCACAUUCUUAUUACAUGUAAAAGUGAAGAUGAAUGAACUGCUCAUAAGAUUUCUGAUUCCAUAUGAUAUUUUGUCGGUUAUUUUUUCAAUUGUCAACACAUAUCUUCGUCUUGUUAAUUGUGUUAUGUUCUGUUCUGUUCUGUUAUGGUAAUUCUAUCGUAAAACACCUCAACGCUGUAGCUGAUGUACCAAUUAUCUUGAAAUCUAUUACUGACAAUUGUA